GUUGGCAGGAAAAGUGCUUUAGUUAUAAAAUUCGGCAUAUUCGCAAUAUAUUGAUUUCACAAAUAUUUUCUGCAAUUGUCUAAUUGUCUUAUAAUGGUCUACGUACAAGUUCUUAUGGGCCUUGCUGCAGUCCUGCUAGGUGCUGGCUUAGCUAUAUAUCUAAGCACGCCAAACAGAGCUCCUCCGCAUCAGCAUCCAAGACGGCGCAGAGAUGAUGAUGACGAUGAUACUACUCCUUUCGGCAGUAGCGUAAGGGAACUUGGUGUACGAGCACAACGCACUCGUCCAACACGUGUCGGUGAUACUUGUUGUAUAUGCUUAAAUACGCUCGACGCAACUAUGCAUGUAAUGAAUUGCAAGCAUGCGCUUCAUUUGGACUGUUUUAGUGUGCUGAAGCAUGCUCGAAACACCUGCCCCAUAUGCUUUGCACGAGUGGUACGUCACUCUCAGCCCGGUGACCAGUGCACGAUUUGUUUGACUGCGAUGUCCAACGACGAUAUGCAAUACAUGAAUUGUGAACAUGCCAUACAUAAAAAAUGCCUGCUUGAGUAUAAGGAGAAGAUGCAGAGCAACACGUGCCCGCUGUGCCGCGCUAAUAUCUAAUGUAAAAUGUGUGAUGUUAAUGGACUGUUUAGCUGAGGACUCCAAAACUUGUAAGCUGUAGUUUGCCUUAUCUGAAAAAAUUAGUUGCUACAUACAUAUGUAUGUAUAGUUUACACAUAGAUUUUAUUAACUCAAAAAUAAAUUUCUGUCAUUUUGUAAUAA